CAAUUGCCGUCCAAUAUAUGACGAUCAACCCCCUAUGUCCAUGACUACGGUCUAGAUCUUACAAAACCCAAUCGAUUGAUCCUGCCUACCAAUUCCCCUUCCCGCCUCUGAUUAUUGCGCCCCGGCUGCCAGCAUGUCCAACGUUGGAUCCCCCGAAGUACGAGCCAUCGAGGAGGCCUACGAGGCCGUCCGCAACGACAAGGACGAGACAACCUGGAUGAUCGUGACAGCAGCCAAGGGCAACAAGCUCAGCCUGACCAAGACAGGCACGGACAAGUGCUUCGUCGACGACCGGGACGACACGGAGCAGGAAGAAGGCGGCGCGCCCAAGAACGCCAUCGUGGCGGCGCGAGCAGAGCUGGACGACGCCGAGAUCCAGUACGCCUACGUGCGCGUCGAGUACGCCAACGAUUCGGAGAGCACGCGCACCAAGUUCCUGCUGGUGACGUGGAUGGGGCCCUCCGCAGGCAUGAUGCGGCGGGCGCGUGUCACCACCGAGGCGGGCGAGGUGCAGUCCAAGAUCCUGCGGCACUACAGCAAGGAGAUCCGCACCGACGACAAGAAGGAGCUGAGGCACGCCGAUAUCGUCACCGUGCUGAGGAAAGCCGGCGGCGCGGACUACAACGGUGGCAGGGGCUAGCUUGGGGAAAAAAUAAAGCAAGAAUAAAAGUACAACGAAACAAAGAUUGGGUUAAGGGGGGAGGUGGGAGAUGGGAGAAAGGGGCGCAUUACAGUCUGGCCAAGACGCGUGGGCGCAUGUGGUGUGCGGCAUUGUAUUUGGAGUCUUGUGGCACCUGGGAGGCAGUGUGCAGUGUCCUUUCAAGGAGGUAUUGAGAAAGCGUUUGGCGUUCUAGAAGUUCAGCUGGGAUAGAAUUUCUGCUGUAUUUGACGCGCAAUCUAAAACCGUCGUGUGACGGCCUGUUGGGCAUGCUC